AUGUCAGGACAUGGAAGGAAACCGGUUAAACUGCCGUCAUUUGUCAAUUCCCAUGAAGAAUUAGAAAAGCUGUUCGCCUCUUGUCCAUUUAUGUCUGUACUGUUAUCACAACCGAAUAUGAAGGAUAAAAAGCCGGUAAAACAAGUGAAGAAAGAGUCGAAAGAUGAGAAAAUCACGGAAAAGUCAAAUGAUAAGGACAGUACAGCGGUAGAAUCCAAUAAUAAUUCUACUGAGAAAGAAAUUUCUGCUAAGUCUGAUGCAGCAACCCAGGAAGCAAAGCAAACUAAAGAUAAUGCUAGUAAUAAUACUCAAUCUGUUGACGCCUAUAAAAACAAUAAAUAUGAAACAUUGAACAAUUUAAAUUCAUUGUGCAGUCUAAAAAAGUUACAAUUAAAUGAACAAUUUAAAACAUUAACAAUUGAUGAACAAAAUGAAGAGAAUGAAAUACGUCAAAAACAAUUGAACAAAUUAUAUUUUUAAUUCAGUCAAAUCCAGAGCAUUAUGGUGAAUUAUCUAUUCAAGAUAUUAAUGAACAAAUGUCACAUUUCUAUUUAUAGAUGAGCAUUAAUGUGGAG